AUGCGCACACUUCGAAAACGGCAUUCAUGGCCACCCCUCCGCAAACCUAGAGCCUUCUACUUUGACGAGGCCGUUGAUCAAGACCCAUUCGCAUACUUCAUCUCACCAGCCGAUGAACGAGACGUGUUUUUCAACAGCCACCUAGCAGCGGACAUCGACAGGAAGAAGCGUCCUCGUUCACUGUCACCAUUCCAUCGAAACUCCACUUCGCUCUUGUCCGCGGCCACAGCUGCAGCAUCGCCCACCGCGCAGCUGAAAAGAUGGAUUGAAAGGAUGGAGCUGCGAUGUUUCCGGCGCAAUGCAAGCAGCAUCGAACAGCGUAUGCCAUCACCCGACCCGCCUGACCUUCCGGAGAUGGCCCGGACAGUCUCUCCUCCGCUUCGGGGGAGGAGGAAUGUUCGCAUCAGCUCAGGUAACCGUGUGACUCCCAAUUCUAGGAGUAGACCUAGACGCCCGAGAGUCUGGAGGGAGCCCGCUAAGGAUAUCUGGCCGGUAGCUGAGGAGAGAGAAGAUAUUGGACUGGGAAUACUUUUGUGA